UAUAGCUGUGUCGAUCCCCGCUCUUCUCUGCGAAUGUGCAUUGUAUCUGUGUAGGGAGGAAAAAGAGUGGCAGAGAUGUCGAGCACGGCUGGUCAGGUCAUCAGAUGCAGAGCUGCGGUUGCUUGGGAGGCUGGGAAGCCGCUGGUGGUCGAAGAGAUCGAGGUGGCUCCUCCAAAGGCCAUGGAAGUUCGGGUGAAGAUCCUCUACACUUCUCUUUGCCACACCGAUGUCUACUUCUGGGAAGCUAAGGGCCAGACUCCGGUGUUUCCUCGGAUCUUUGGCCACGAAGCAGGAGGAGUUGUGGAGAGUGUGGGGGAGGGUGUCACCGGUCUUGCUCCGGGAGACCAUGUCCUGCCUAUUUUCACGGGAGAAUGCGGAGAAUGUGCUCACUGCAAGUCCCAAGAAAGCAACAUGUGUGAUCUCCUCAGAAUAAACACCGACAGAGGAGUGAUGAUAGGUGAUGGGCAGUCGAGGUUCUCCAUCAACGGAAAGCCGAUCUACCAUUUCUUGGGCACCUCUACCUUCAGCGAGUACACCGUCAUCCAUGUUGGUUGUCUCGCCAAGAUCAACCCUUCGGCUCCUCUUGAUAAAGUCUGUGUUGUUAGCUGUGGCAUUUCAACAGGUUAUGGUGCUACUGUCAAUGUUGCAAGACCACCAAAAGGCUCAACAGUUGCGGUUUUUGGCCUUGGAGCUGUAGGACUUGCAGCUGCUGAAGGGGCAAGGGCCUCAGGGGCAUCAAGGAUAAUUGGUGUUGAUCUUAAUCCUAGCAGAUUUGAGGGAGCUAAGAAGUUUGGUGUAAAUGAGUUUGUGAAUCCAGCAGACCAUAAGAAACCAGUUCAAGAGGUGCUUGCUGAAAUGACCAAUGGUGGAGUCGAUCGGAGCAUCGAAUGCACCGGCAACAUAAACGCCAUGAUCUCCGCAUUUGAAUGUGUUCAUGAUGGUUGGGGUGUUGCUGUACUCGUGGGGGUUCCUCACAAGGAUGCCGUAUUCAAGACACACCCUGUGAACUUCCUCAACGAAAGGACCUUGAAGGGAACCUUCUUCGGAAACUACAAACCGCGGUCGGACAUUCCCGGAGUCGUCGAAAAGUAUAUGAACAAGGAGCUGGAACUGGAAAAGUUCAUAACUCAUAGUGUGACCUUCUCUGAGAUCAACAAGGCUUUUGACUACAUGCUCCAAGGUGUGGGUCUUCGUUGUAUCAUUCGAAUGGAUGGCUAGAGUUCUUCUGAGCACGCUCACAAGCUAAGCUUCAAGCAGGACUUAAAUGUUAGGGAAGAGGGAAUAAACUUGUGUUACUUUCCAAAGAGAGUUGGAUCAAGUAGAAUUUCUGAUCUGUGAUUUGCUUUGCUUGUAUCAAGUUUGGAGGAAGUGAUAUUAAUGUCUGCUUGUUGGGUUUUGUUUCCAUGGGUUUGCUUUCUUUACAUGAAAGCCAUGUAAUGUCAUUUUCCAUGAUGUUAGAUUGGAUUUGUGGAAAGUAUAUACUGCUGGUUAAUGGUUAA